UCGACCCGAAGCGGGCGUGGUCAGUGUGGUGGGCGUGGCCUGUGGCGCGGGCCGGCGGCGAUGGCGGUGAGCAGGGCCGUCGCCCUCCGCUUGGCCUACGCUGCAGCCGGCGCCCUCAUGGGGUUCUCGGCCUUCUUCACCUGGAGUCUGGCGCCCGCCUUCCGGCAACCCGCCACGGCGGCGGCGGGGGGGCUCUCGGGUGUUCUGGCGCUCUGGGCCCUAAUCACGCAUGUGAUGUAUGUGCAGGAUUACUGGAGGACCUGGUUAAAAGGGCUGAGGUUCUUCCUCUUCAUUGGGAUUCUCUUCUCAGCUCUCUCCGUGGUGGGAUUCUGCACAUUCCUCGUCCUGGCCAUCACCAAGCACCAGUCCCUGACUGAUCCCAGAAGCUACUACCUGUCGUGCGUCUGGAGUUUCAUCUCCUUGAAAUGGGCCUUCCUGCUCAGUUUGUACGCAUACCGGUACAGGAAUGAGUUUGCGGACAUCAGUAUCCUCAGUGACUUCUAACACUUGGACCUCAAUCCUGUCCAAAGGUGCUGGAUGUCUGAAUUGCCCCUAAAGACAUGGUACACGCAAGAGAUGUGCAAAAGGUGGAGAAGGAACCCACACAGGGCUGCUUGGUUUGUUUGUCUGCAAUAGGGGUUUUUCCUAAUUGCUUUUACUUCACUAUUUAAAGUUCGGCUAACGAUGUCAAUUCUAGUCUGUCUGUAACUUCCCUGGGAGUCUUUGUGUCUGGUAGUGAGGUGAAAGAUCAUCAGGCCUAGAUCUACUCUGUGUUGCCGGGAAGUCCAGGAGAGCUUUCAAGUGGGGAGGAGUUUCGGGGCCUUCCAGGAGCAUCUUGUCCUGGUGCGUGCAUCACUGGGUGCGUGUGGCAAAGAGCCCUGCUGCAUGGCAGCCGGCUCCUUUUGCACUGCUCAAAGAGAGGGAUGAGCCUUUCACCGUGGCAGGAGGUCCUUACAGCCCUUCCAGCCAGUUCCCUGCAUCUUCCAAUGUUUUCUUUUGACACGCUGUAUGCGAGGUCAGCGCUCCCCGAUGGUCUGGAUGAGCCCCAGCAGCAGAGAAGCACGAGUCAUCUCGUGGCUCUGUCAGAGGAGAACGCUGGGUCUGGCUGCUCUCCAGGAUCCUUUUAGAAAGGAACUUAAUACCAUACUUAACCCUUGCGUUUGUAGCAUGUAGAAUCACGUGUCUGGGUGAAAGACACGCUGGGCAAAGGCUCCUUGAACCUCGAGAGAAACGAGAAUGCGAUUAUUCUAAGAAAUAGAAUUUCUAGACAGUGCUGUGUUUCUUCGGCUUUGCUCAGCACACCUGUAACGGGCAGCAGGAUGAGAGAGAGGAGGAGAGGUGGGACUCGGAAAUAAGAAAGGUGUCCAGUCUGCUUGCAGCUUGUGUACCGAGUGCUGCUGGCACAACCGUGGAUGAAAUGCUGGGCAUUCUUGCGGGAAUUAGGAGGGGACAGAGCUGCAUUCAUGGGCUGGGAUGCUGGGAAUGACUGAGCUUGGCCUGCAUCUCAUCUGGGCACUGCAUGGCUCUGACAAACCCGAACCCUGAGGGAGUUUAGUUACCUCUCUAAUCCCUGGGCUUUCCUCACUGCCAGCAGCUUGAAACCUUCAAGCACUUGCACCUUUCCUUGUGCAGUGUAUGCACUUCAGAUCAGCUACAGGCUUUAGGUUGCUGCUCUGGCAGAAUCCAGGCUGGUAUUUUGCCAUGUCGGGCUGACGAUGCUGACUACUGCAAACUGGAGAUGGCAACUUGUAUGAAUAUUUCUGCAGGUGGUUGAGAAGAGAAGCAGGAGAAGCCCUUUUCCCUUUGCCAGCCGGUGGAAGGUGAGCAAGGGAGGAGUUUGGAAGUUGUCCCACUGCUUUUCUGGGUGCUUCCAGAGCCUUCCCUGAAGUGCCUUUCUGGUAGCAGAGGGUGGGUGGUGGGACCUGCUCAAGGGUUUGUCACCAACAAGUGGAAGGCCAUACAUGCUUUCAUGUCAGCCCAGUUUUCUCUUGGGCCACACACAGCUCCCAGCCCAUGUUUGUGCAGUGUCUUGGAGUUGUCCUUUUGGUUACCUUCUCCUCGCUGUGUGUCUGACUUAGCUAGGAUGAAAUCCCUCUCCAUACUCAGAGGCUCCAUCCACACCUUUGCUGCUCUGUGUUUGGCUUUGGCAGAUGAGUGGUUCAAGCACACAGUGAUUCAAUUGAGCUGCUGAGGGUAGUUUGGAAGCAUUUGAGAACCCAUGUUGAUAGCAUUCCUUGGUUUCUUGGGUAGGAAGAUCCUCAAGUGCCCUAACUGGAUCAAGGAAUACCUUUGGGUCACCUUGUGAACUGAGGUUGUAGCCAGCUUUUGCCAGGGGAGUCCCUGACCCCAGACAAAAGUUGUGAACAUGAAAUGUGCUUACUUGUGAGAUUAAUACUCAGGCUUUUAAAUACUGAAAUCUCCCUUGCUGCUGAUGCUGGGCUGCCAGGGCACCUGGCAGGGGAUGGAUGAGCUCACUGGCUUCUCUGCACAAAGCCGUGGUGCCUGCUGUGGAGUUUGCAGGUGGUUUUAGCAUCGGUUGUUUCACUAAACCACCUCUCACCCUGUGUUUCCCUGAAACGACGCUGUCCACGCAUUUGCUGUGCUGCUGCGAGCCUCAGUGCUGAUAACCACCAGGUCGUGGUGUCCUUGGGAUGCAGGAAUCCUGACACCGUGCAGGCUGAUGGAGUUCUACCACUGCCUUAGAGCAAAGCAAUUGUCCCUGUGUGUCCCUAAAUUACAGUGUCCUGUCUGCUCACUGCUCUCAGCAGCACAGUGGGGGCUCCUUGCUUGGGCUCAUGUUCUGAUUCCGAUCACCUUUGAGAUUUUAAAAUUCUAUUUUUGUGAUUGUAAAAUUUACCUACAAACAGCUCACAGAAUCCAUUCUUUCUUCCCCCCCCCCCGCCCCUUUCCUCCCUGGGACGUGUUUUAGCUCUGGAAUUUAUACUUGCAUCUCAGCUUUUUAAAAAAGAUCGUGUGUGUAAAUAUAUAAUAUAUUUUUACAUAGUUUCUGUUUCGUUUGCACGCUCAGUGUAAGGUUUGGCCCUGAGGUGGGCUGAUUGGAUUCACAGUGGGGGUCGUUUGUGUGUAUCUCAAUGUCUCCUUGUACUAAACUGCACUAUAACUUGUACAUGACACCACAGUAAGAGCAGAAAUACAGCCAUCUUUCUCACCAAACCGGU